CAUUUUAUGGGGUGGCAGUCACAUUUAUGUUUAAACUGGAGCUCUCCCAUAAAUAGGGAAUUAAACUUCAGCUCUUAGGGGGUGACUUGUCAUGAGCCCACCAAAUGUCUGCUCAGCCUUGCUGAAAUGUCUCCAUGCAAAUGGGAAAUGGUUUGUCCUCCUUCUCUGCAUUGAACCCUUCUGAGCAACAUCUCACUUGAAAAGCAGCAAGUCCUUGGACUGCUUCCUCUUUCUCAUGCUAACAGGAGCCAAGCUCACCCCAUGUAUUAUAUCUAUGUAAAAGGCAUUAAGGAUUGUUAGUUAAAUGUCUGUUUGGUCUAGACUGUGCCCUGGUUAUCUGUGCCUGAGUAGCUGCACUGGACACCACUAUUUGCACAAACCAGCGGUUAGUCUGAGAGUAAAUGAAUCAGUUUUCUGCCAAAGCACUGACCUCCUGCGAUUGAUUGACCUGGCGAGCUGCCCUCAGCUGACAACAGGCCAUAAAAAAGGGACUUCUGAGCAAAGGAGUGUCAUUAGACUGUGAACUGCUUGGAGCCAUGAGGGCGAUACUGUUGGCUGUGGUUUACAUCCCAUUCAUCGUGGCUCUGGAACGAAUCCCCUUGAUUCGAUUCAAAUCUAUCAAGAAACAGCUGAAGGAAAAGGGAGAAUUAGAGGAAUUUUGGAGGAAUCACCACCCUGAUGUUUUUGCCCGGAGGUAUCUGCAUUGUUUCCCUGCAGAUAUUGCUUUAUCAGUAGGAACUACUUCAGAAAGGCUGUAUGAUUACAUGAAUGCGCAGUACUACGGGGUUGUGAGCGUCGGGACACCGCCCCAGAGGUUCACCGUCGUGUUUGACACCGGCUCCUCCAACUUCUGGGUCCCGUCCGCUUAUUGCAUCAGCGAGGCCUGCAGAGUGCACCAGAAAUUUAAGUCCUUCAAGUCAGAUUCAUAUGAGCACGGAGGGGAAGCCUUCUCCCUGCAGUAUGGCUCAGGACAGCUUCUGGGCAUUGCUGGCAAAGACACACUGCAGAUAAGUAACAUCUCCAUCAAGGGACAGGACUUCGGUGAGUCGGUGUUUGAGCCAGGAACAACUUUUGUCCUUGCCCACUUUGAUGGUGUACUGGGCUUAGGCUACCCCUCCUUAGCAGUGGGCAAUGCUCUGCCUGUGUUUGACAGCAUCAUGAACCAACGCCUGGUAGAGGAGCCAAUCUUCUCUUUCUAUCUGAAAAGAGGAGAUGACACUGAGAAUGGUGGUGAGUUGAUUCUAGGGGGAAUAGACCAUUCUCGCUACAAAGGUUCAAUCCACUGGGUCCCAGUCACUGAGAAAAGCUACUGGCAAAUACACAUGAACAAUAUAAAAAUCCAGGGCCGGGUGGCAUUUUGCUCCCAUGGCUGCGAGGCCAUCGUUGACUCGGGCACUUCCCUUAUCACCGGCCCCUCUUCACAAAUCAGGCGAUUGCAGGAAUAUAUUGGGGCAAGUCCAUCAAAUAUUGGAGAGUUUCUUGUAGACUGCAGAAGACUCUCGAGCUUGCCUCACAUAAGCUUCACGAUUGGACACCGCGAAUACAAGCUGACAGCAGAGCAGUACAUCAUAAAGGAGUCCAUUGAUGACCAAACCUUCUGCAUGAGCGGCUUUCAGUCUCUCGACAUCCCCACUCGCACUGGCUCGCUCUGGAUUUUAGGAGAUGUCUUCAUGUCUGCAUUUUACUGUAUUUUUGACCGUGGGAAUGACAGAGUGGGAUUUGCAAAAGCUGUUCACAGGAAGGAUUACUACUGAGCUGUAAUAGCAUUUAUUCUGUCUUAGCUCAGGUUAAUGUAAUGAUCUUCAACAAUGUGAAGAAGAGCUUUUGCUGAAACUCUGGACCUAAAUGGGCAUUGUGUUGUCCCCAUCCAAGUUUUAAGGAAUUUGCAGUGAUCCUUGUCCCAGAUGAUAUAGUGUGAUUAAAUAUCUAUAUGUUUACAACGGAGAAACAGUUUUUCCUGAGUAACUCUCACAUUACAGCUUUCAAAUAAAGCACAAGAGCAGCUCAGCACUCAGAUUGGCAAAAGAUCAGGAAGAAUGAAAAUGCUGAACUGUGCCAGGCUGAAAAGAUAGCAGCUAUGUGUGGGGAAAACUAAUCCUAGUCCUGCUUGGUCUGACUAUCCUUUUUUUUUUUUUCUUGUGCACUAGUUUCCACCUCAUUUCUACAGCUUUCCUUUCCAUCAUUAUUUUCCAUUGUUUGGGUUUUGUUCAACUUCAUUUCCUGAGUGCCAUGGAAAUUCUCUUUAAAUUAGCUUGCUUCAACCAGCUUAUAUAAAAGGGAAUUUGACAGAUGCCUGUGUGGCCACUAACUUCAGCUACUGUUCCUUGCAUGAUUUCCUGCUCCUUACACCACCUCUCAAACCUGCUUUUUCCCUGGGAUUCAUUAUCCCUUGAUAAUUCUCCUUUUUUUGGGUCUGGGCAUUUGAUGUCCAUGCCUUAGGUCAGAGGAUGCUUUUAGUGCCUGUCUCCACUCCCCCUUGGCAGAGUGAGCAGCUGGAGCAGCAUCUAUUCAUGCUAGAAAACCCAGACUACAGUGUUCUUCCACCUCAGAUGAGUUAUGGGACCCAUGCACCAGCACUACACAUCUACUGCCCCUUGCUCAGCCACUUCUUGUCAGCAGUGGCAGAAGUUUCAGAUGAAACAGCCACAGGUAGAUGCACUGAUUUGGCAAAAGAUUCACCUAAAUUCUACCCAUUGGAGUAUUUUUUUGGAUUGCCAAAGCUGAUACUGCCCCCAUACACAUGAAUAAAACAUAACCAAACAAAAUCUGCUUUGAUCUUAGCACUGGUGUUUCAGUUACAUUUUAUGUUUCUUUACAGUGGUUCCAGUGCUGGGAGGAAGGGGAGUUGAGGGUGGAACAACAAUUGAAAAUUCAGGUUGCUCUGUGUCCUGGAGGAAAAAAAUGUCAUGUGUUGGGGCUGCUUGUAUUUUCCUAAAGCAAAAAAAUGUCUGCAGUCCCAGCCAUGUGUACUGGGCACUUCCCCAGCAGGGCAGAGCCAUGGGGAGCUGGACACUGGCCCCAUGGCGGCAUUGCUGGGACAGAGGCUGGUAGCCCCCAGGCACUUGCUGCUGCUGCCUGUCUGGAUGUGCCAGGCACAGACCAAAGGCAAUGUCCAUUGCUGCCUUGGCCGUUUCACAAUCACAGCCCUUUAGAUUGUAAGUUUUCAGUGGUAAGACUCAGUAAGUAUUACAAAAACAGGAUGGUUUUCCUGUAGGUAUCUCUGAAAUACUGAUCUUGACUUUUCAGUAUGAAAUAAUCCUUCUCUCUGGUGCCUGUUUUCAUGACUCUCUAUUUGCAGCCACAUUGUGUUACACAUUUGGCAUCCAGGCUCUCAACCUCUAGCAAGGAGGGCUAUGCUGCCAGCUGUCUCUUUCUGCAGACAAGACUGAGCUGUGUGAAGUUACUGUGUAUUUCAGGCCAGCCUUGCUUUGAUCAUGCCACUCUUGAAGGAUGGAUUGACCAUGAGUUAACUGAUUAGUCUAGAAAAUGUCAUCUGUUUGGUCAUGAACCAAGUCAAACAUCUAUAAAGCCCCAUCCCUCAUUUAACAGCA